AUGCAGCCACCCGCCUCAACCUCCGACGAGCUUGUCUCCCUCUCCUCUUCCUCCUCCUCCGCCCCUCCACCUCCAUCGUCAACACCGACACUGAUAUCGCUGCCCGACUUGCCCGAGGACGUCUUUCUCUUGGUCCUGACCGGCCUCUCCGCAUGGGACGUCGUGUCCUGCCAGCGCGUCUCCAGAUCAUGGCGUGCCGCCUUCUCCAGAGACGAAUACAUCAGAUUCGUGCUGCAGUCUUACCCCCGCGCCCGCGAAGUCCGGGCUCUGCCACCCAGCACUCUCCAUCUACACUCUCCGUGCCAAUCACAAAGCCCGCCGGACUGGAAAGGGAUCUUCGCCGCGGUGGCCUCCCGCUACCACCACCUCGCCCGGGGUACGGCCAGAGUCGUCGACAGGUACCCCAUGGCGCCGGUUGAACAAUUAGGCGACUGGUUCCCCGUGGGCCAGUGGGAUUACCACGAAAGCCAACCCGGAGGUCGUCUCUACUACGAGACCGCGGCCAGCCAUCUGAGUCGCAUCGGCACCAAGCCUUACCUGUUCAGACCGACCCUGUGGUCCUACGACGACGGCCUUCUGGUGUAUGCACCAGCCGAGUGCAACGAGGAUGGCUACUUUCCGCAGAUCCUGGCCCUGUUGGAUGUCGAGACGGGCCACAAGUAUCCCAUCCCCUUCGACAUUCGGGGCAAGAUCAUCCGCAAUCUCCGCCUCAAACACCGCACCUUGAUCGUCGAAUGGGCCGAGAAAGACCCGUUCCACAAUCUCAACGCAAUGGAGCAAGUCAACCGGCAUUUCGCGAAUUGUUUCGACGUCCGGCGGACCAAUGAGGAAGACCAGGCAUGGGAGGUGACCUGGCGUUCAGAAUGGAAGAUGCAUUUUCUGGGCCUGCCGCCCAAUUACCAUGACCGCUUCUUCUCGACCCACAAUGCUACCCAUUAUGCUGUAUAUUUCUGGCAGCCCAACCGGAGCAUGUACACGGGGGAUGAGGAGCUGCCCAUCGAGUCGCUCUCGGUCUGGGACAUCUCUGGCCCUUCGCCGUAUAGACCCUCCGCGGACCCGUCUGGGAAAUUCCGCCCGGCCGGAAAACCCGGGCCCUAUAUUGUGUCCAGGUUCUCCUUCACCCAGAUGGACCUCUUUGGCAUCCGCCAGCGUGCCAGCGUGGCCUUGAUGUCUCUCCACCUGGACUCGGAGACCCUCUCACUCACGGUGCGCGAAAACGUGGGCGUGGCCGGCCAAGGCUACUUCGACCCGGCGGAACGGCUGUGGUGUGCGAAGACCACGACCUUCCCAUUCCUCGGCGAAGGACCUCGACUGUUUCGAGAGUGGGACGGCAACCUGCCCCCCUACCGCGGCCACUGCAGCAUGGAGACGGCCGACGUGGAAGAGAGCGAGCGCUGGUUCCUGCCCAUCAUGGACGUGGUCGACGCCGAGGCGGGUGUCCGCCUGAGCCUGGUCGAAACGUGCUUCUCGGGCCAGAGCGUGGAGAACCGGCUGGUCGUGCGCAUGAAGGUGGAGGCCGACGACAACAGAGACUUUGCGGCCCUGGAAGAAGCCACCCUCGGCUGGGCCACCCUCGACGACGACUUGACCAAGGAAGUCUCCUUCAUGGGCCGCAUCGCCGGCAACGAGCGGUGGCUGAUCGGCCAGAACGAGCGCAUGGAGAUGGUGGUCUUGAAGUUCUGA